AAAGACGAAGACGUUGCUUAUUAACAAAAAAAAUAAAAAAAUGUUUAGUAGUACUGUUGAAGUCAACAAAUGUUGACUAAUUUCUUCCUUAAUGUUUGCUUGCUGUGUUGUUGUCAUGUGAGCUCUGAGGUUCCAAAGAUAUCAAUUCCAUUCCAUUCUCUCUUUUUCUUCAAACAAUUAUUACAAAUAAAUACUCUCUCUCUCUCUCUCUCUCUCUCUCUACCAUGUUAGGGUUUUACAUGAUCCAAUUCUAGCUUUUUCCCCCCUUUCACAUAACCAUGGACUUCAAAAAGGGCAACAAGCUUGUUAGGUUCAACUCAGAUGGCAAAAACCAUAAACAACCACCACCACCACCAUCAUCAUCUUCUUCAAUGCUUAAACCUAAUAGUAGCAAUGUUAUACCAUUAGGGAAAAAUAGAAAAUCACGAUCUAAGGUAUUUCCAGAAGAUCAUGAACCAUGGAGAAAAAGAAUACUUGAUCCUGGUAGCGAGAUUGUGUUGAAAUGGAAUCGAAUUUUUAUAGUUUCUUGUUUGGUAGCACUUUUUGUUGAUCCUUUAUAUUUUUAUUUGCCUAGUGUAUUGGUACAAAAUACAGACUCUUCUUGUGUUAGGACUGAUUUUACAUUAAGGAUUGUUGUCACAUUUCUUCGAACUGUUGCCGAUGUUUUUUAUCUGUUACACUUGAUUAUUAAGUUCAGGACAGCUUAUGUUGCUCCUAGUUCGCGUGUAUUUGGAAGGGGUGAACUUGUUAUGGACCCGAGUAAAAUUGCAAGGCGGUAUAUUAGAUCUGAUUUCUUCAUUGAUCUUAUUGCUACACUACCGUUACCACAGAUGGUCAUCUGGUUUAUCAUACCGGCUACAAGGACUCCUCAGACUGAUCACAAGAAUAAUGCUCUUGCAUUGAUUGUCUUGCUCCAAUAUGUUCCAAGAUUAUAUUUGAUUUUCCCAUUAAGUUCUCAAAUAAUCAAAGCAACCGGAGUGGUUACAAAGACUGCUUGGGCAGGAGCAGCAUAUAAUUUGCUAUUGUACAUGUUGGCUAGCCAUGUUUUAGGAGCAUCCUGGUAUCUUCUGUCUGUUGACCGGUAUACUACUUGUUGGAAAUCCUUAUGCAAAAAGGAGCGUAACCCUGACAAUUGCUUUCUCUACCUAGACUGCAGUUCUUUGAGUAAUGAUAUGCGCAAGAUAUGGGAAAAUAGUACAGAUGUGUUUAAAAGUUGUGACCCCAAGAAUGAUGACAUUCAGUUCAAGUAUGGGUUAUUUGAAAAUGCAUUAACAAAGAAUGUUGUCUCUUCAAACUUCAUACCAAAAUACUUAUAUUGUUUAUGGUGGGGGUUGCAGCAACUAAGUUCUUACGGACAGAACCUAGAUACAACCACAUUUAUUGGAGAAACGUCAUUUGCUAUUGUGAUUGCCAUCUUGGGUCUUGUAUUAUUUGCUCAUUUGAUUGGGAACAUGCAGACAUAUUUACAAUCAAUUACUAUAAGGCUUGAGGAGUGGAGGCUAAAGCGAAGAGACACAGAGGAGUGGAUGGGACAUCGGCAACUCCCUGAAGAUUUGAGAUUUCGUGUUAGACGAUUUGUUCAAUAUAAAUGGCUUGCAACUCGUGGUGUUGAUGAAGAAACCAUUCUACGUUCAUUGCCAGCUGAUCUUCGUCGUGAUAUCCAACGCCACCUAUGCUUAGACCUUGUUAGACGAGUUCCCUUCUUCUCACAAAUGGAUGAUCAACUUCUUGAUGCGAUAUGUGAGCGGCUGGUAUCUUCUCUAAGCACUCUAGGCACCUACAUUGUUCGUGAGGGUGACCCUGUAACUGAAAUGCUGUUUAUCAUUAGAGGCAGACUAGACAGUUCUACAACAAAUGGUGGCCGGACUGGUUUUUUCAACUCAAUCAUAUUGAGACCUGGAGAUUUUUGCGGUGAGGAACUUCUUUCUUGGGCACUACUCCCAAAAUCAACCAUGAAUUUGCCGUCUUCAACUAGGACAGUUAAAGCCCGGAGUGAGGUUGAAGCUUUUGCUCUUCGAGCUGAAGAUCUAAAGUUCGUCGCUAAUCAAUUUAGGCGCCUUCACAGCAAAAAGCUGCAGCACACCUUUCGAUUUUACUCUCAUCAUUGGAGGACUUGGGCCGCUUGUUUUAUACAGGCUGCUUGGCGUCGAUAUAAGAAAAGGAUGUCUGCCAAAGAUCUUGGUUUGAGGGAAUCCCUUCCUUUAGAUGAGACAGUGGUCAGUGAGAGAUUACAAGAGGAGGAAUAUCCUAUCGGUUCAAACUCAUCACAGGCUAAAUUGAACCUCGGGGUCACAAUUCUUGCUUCAAGGUUUGCUGCUAACACACGAAGAGGAGCUCUAAAGAUGAAAGACGACCUGCCUAAGCUUCGAAAGCCAGAAGAGCCUGACUUCUCCAAUGAAGCAGAUGAUGAUUAGUUGUUCUUUAGAGACAUUUGCUUAGGAUAUUCAGCAUCAACCGAUGUUCUACUUGUGUCAAUGAUGGUUCUAUAUGUCAUAUAAAUCAGCAUAUCCCUCUGCCUCGUCUCUUAUUGCUGAUCGUUUUGAAUGUCAUGUAUUUUAGAAAGGAAUACAAAAGGGGAAAAAAAAAAAGCUUCAUCUAAGAGUAGCUUGAUUAAAUCCCGUAAUGCAAUGAGGCCUCAAACCCUGUUUGUUUGAAGGCCAAAAAAAGAAUCCUUGUUUUCCUUGCUCUAUUAAUGUAAUUGAUAGCUCUUGUGUAUUCUUAUAAAAUUAACAGUUAGCAUAUGCUUGGAUGC